GGAAGUGAACAGUAAUUUAGCAUUUUUUUCCAAUUUCCACGUUAGCGUUUUUGUUGUUAUUUAGACGUUUAUUAACAUCAUGGUACUCAAAAUAUUACUAUUUUAACUGCACAGCAUCACAUAAUUAUCGCAGGUGGUCUUUAAUUCGCGCUGGAAACAGGACGUGGUUGAUAGAGCUAGCUAGCUGCUAACAAUGGCUAACUGUAUGGUUUUUCACACUCAAAUAGCCUCCAUCAUGGAGGUGCUAGCGAAUGCAGCCGUGGCAGAGAUCUGUAAACUUGUAGACGACGACUAUAAAGUGUUUCGUUUGGAAAUGUCUCAAAGCCAGAAAGAAAACAAGGGGUUGCGGAGGAAACUACAACUAAUGGACUGGAAGGUGGCACGGGAGCGCGCAGAGAGGACAAUACGAGAGCGCGUCCCCGCCAGUCGUCCCAGUAGUGUCAAGAUCCUCGACCGAUACAGAGGAAUGGCAAGAGUUGAAGGACAUCUCACUGUAGGCCACAAGAGCUUUGUGAAGCCAGCGGGACACAAUGCGUGGAGAGAUGACCAACCCAUAGCUAUAGAUGAGGGGACUGGAACCUCAACCCAACAUGUUAUUGUGAUAGAGUCUGCAGAGGCUGCAGGUCCUGAAGGAUCGUCUCUGGUCAAGCAGGAGAGGACUGAAGGAGACGACCCACAACACAGCAGAGACAUCCAGACUGGAGCAGCGGCUGGAGUGGCACCCCCUGUAGCUAUGGACUACCUCGCCACCACCCCCCAGCCCAGGACCCGACGUAGCAUUACGGAGGUGGAUGGCUGGAGGCUAACAGAGGAGACUGGGUGGCCAUCUUGGUUUCCCAAACCCAGACCGGUGCAGCCAAGGGCCCAUGGGACAACAUCAAUGAGCAGGCCUGGACCAGAGAUAGGUCAGUGGAUGGGACAGCGUCUUCAACUCUGGCCUGGGGAAGAACACUGCUAACCACAACCAGAAACAGACAGUGGAACACAAAACAACAACCAAAUUUAGUCUCCAUGACAAGAGAAUGGAUGAGACCAGUGCGAGGUGUAGAUUUGGUCUGCGGGGACGGGGAGGCCAGGUUCGUAUGCAGCAGGAACGAACAGAGAAAGACUCGGCUAGCGAUGCUCCGUUCUGCUCCUAUAGUUGUGAUUCAGAGACUGAUGACGUCUCAUGUUAACCCCCCAACAUGUGCUGCCUUCAGCCUGCGUUCUUUAGGAUCUAUCAACUGGAACAUGAACCCUGCGACAACAGACACCCCCUGGCCUUCAUCCUCCUCACAGUCUCCUGUUAAACCAGACCUCAGACAAUGCCAGUACCUUAACAGUAAAUGGCUACACAAGCCCAUUGACAAAUGACAGUAGUAGUAACGCCAUCAGUAUAUCUGUUGGCAAAGAGUAGCGCAUCCCAUGUUCAUUCUGUGGGAAAGCCUUCAGUUUCCCCAAACAGGUGGAGAUCCACCAGAGGAUGCACACGGAGGAGAAACCAUUCGGCUGCCACCUGUGCUGGGCCAGUUUCUCCCACUAGUCCAAGCUGAAGAGGCACCAAAGGGUCCACACAGGGGAGAAACCCUACAACUGCCCCCAGUGUGAGAAGAGGUUCUCUCACAAGCACCAACUGAAGAUGCACACGGGAGAGAGGCCGUUCGCCUGUAUUCACUGUGGGAAGAGGUUCUCAGAAAGGAGCUAUCUCAGGAUACAUCAGCAGAAAAUGCACAUGGCCCAUGUAUAGAGUAUAGUGAUAUGUAACAUAGUGCUAGUUAGUUUUUGUAAUUAAUUAUAUUCAUUUUGAAUGUUUAGGGAACUGAGAAAAGAAUGAGUGAUGAGGCAGAGUAGAUGAUAUGGUGAUGGUUGGUGUGAUGGUAUCUGUAAAAAUGCUUCACUGAUGAAGAGUGAACUAAUUCUCUUUAGGUUGAUGCUGGUGUUUUAUAGUAAGAUAGUGCCUUAAUUCAUGUUUACUUGACAUAAAAUAGUGAAGCCUUUUUAAUGUUAUGAACCUUUUCCAAAGUAUUCUAAAAUGUUUUUUUUUAUCAAAGCAAGGGUGGCAGAUUUACAGAAAAGGUAGUGUUACCAUAGUGAGAAAAGUUAUCCUACUUGUCAUGUAUCGUUUUGUGCAGUAAACAUUUUGUACUUCACUAUGUGAUGGUAUGACCAUUUUAAUUAAAUUAAAUACAAAAUUGA